AUGAUUCCACGGGACAAAAGAUUUGAAUAUUUUGCUCAAAGGAGUUGUAAUUUUAUCAUUUCAAGACUCACGACAGAAAAGAUGCCAUAUUAUGAAAGACCAUAUUGUGGUGUUGCAGAAUUUAUUCCAUCAGACAGAAAUACCGUGUUUGCAAUGCAUGAUAUCGUCUAUAAUUCAAUAAGAGCAACACAACUUUCUGACACAUUGCUAAUGGAUACAUUCAUACAUAACAGUAACUUUCAAAAUGUCAGUUUAAACCUAAACGAAAUCAGCUUUCGAAUUGUUCCUAAUACAAUGAAACGAAAAUGCAGUGAUUGUCAAGAAAUUUGUCCAAAACAUUCUUACUGUGUAGAUGCAAUGGAUGGAAUCAAAUGUGUAUGUAGAUUUGGAUGGCAACAAGUUGGAGGAUACAGUCGUUCAGAACAUUGUGAAUGUAAGCCAAUCCAUUUUGCUUGA